AUGAUGAGCAUGGUUCGGGAGCGGGUCGGCGUGGACUUUGGUGUUGAUCAUCCUCUUUUCGCCUGGUCCUUUGUUCAUGCUGGGUGGACCCGUAAUCGAUUUGCGGCGGUGGGAGGACUCACUGCUUACGAGCGGGCGACAAAUGCUCGCUACAAUGGGCGAUUGGUUCCUUUUGGCGAGCCGGUGUUUGGACAAAUCACGGUGAAGAAGAAAGGGAAUCCUAGGUGGGUUCGAUGCAUUUUCCUCAGCAAAACAACAACCAACGACAUGUACAUUGUUACCACGAGAGCUGGGGUGAGAUUGUGUCGGUCAGUGCGUAGAACAACUUCUUCUUGGAUGUUGGACAAGCCGCUGUAUCAGGGAUUGGCUGGCUUUCCAUGGGACUACUCGGCAGGAGCGGUUGGAACGAGGUUGGUCCCACCUGCGCGCGCCCGCAGGCCACAACUUGCGCCAACAUUGGCGCCACAAGUGGCGGACGAGGCGACUUCAGAUCCGCCGACACCCGUGCCAGGUGAUGUGGGUUCCUCUCCUGGGCCUGUGGGCCCAGGGCCGGCACAGCCUUCGAGCGAAGGCGCAGCAGUCAGUGUGCAACCCAGUGUGCCCCCGGAUGGUGCGGUAUUGGCUGAGAACCCUGUGGUUCCUUUGUCGGCGGGGCCGAAUCCGGCCCUUGGGCAGAUCGAUGUCGAGAUGCUUCGUACUCCUGAGGCGAUGCUGCCGCCACUGGGUGAUACGGCCCAGGGUUCGGCGGGGAGUCGUGAUGGACCUCCGGAGGCAGGUGGUGAUCGGAAGCGCAUUCGUAUCAGAGCAGUGCAGUUUGGCAGCUACAACCUUGAUUAUCAUGAUGAAGAUGUGAGCCUUGAUUAUCCUGAGCUUGAGUGUGGUGAGCUUUGUGAACAAGUCGAAGCAGAGAUCGAGAGUGAAGUCGCAACGGCAGGUGAGGACGUUGUGAGUGAGGGCACCGCGGCUCCGAACGUACAGGGCCCUCUGAGUGAUUAUGAGCAGCUACAGGAGCUGUUGUGGUACCCGGAUGACGGGACCGGGCCGCCGAAGCUUAGUGAUUUUGAGCUUGGUAAGAUUGACAGCGUAGCCGAUGAGGUUGAGAUUUCAAGGUUGUCGCAGAAGCAAGUGAUUCGGCCGGUCCGCGGCGAUGAAGAGACCCAGGGCAUGAAACGAUUGAGCACCAAAAUGGUGCGCAGUUGGCGUAGCAAACGCAAAGGUGGCAAGGCAAUGUGGUUGAGAAGAUCAAGGUUGGUAGCUCGGGAAUAUAGGUGGCUCGAGGCCACGCGUGAAGGUCUCUUUUCGCCAUCCACUUCGAAUUCGGUGGUGCGACUGAUCCCUCUUUUGUUUCUCAUGUGGCGCAUGACGCGCCCUGGCACCGUCUUUGCGCUGGCUGCCAUCGACAUUAAGGAUGCUUAUUUAGAGGUGCCGCAGGUGGAACCGGUGUUAGCAGAUUUACCUCGGGAUUAUUCCGGUAGUGGUCGGUACAUAUUCCUGCGUUGUAUCCCUGGUCAGCGGGACGGUGCACAGCGCUGGUUUGACUUUUAUGUCAACUUCCUUCAUGAAGGUCUUACCCUGGAGACGUGUACGGCUACAGUGGAGAUUGCGUACCGCGUCGGUGAUCAAAUCAGCUUCCUCAAACGAGUGCACACGCUGACUGAGACCGGCAUGAAGAUUGCGAUCAGUGAUCAGUAUGCGAGAAGCAUGGCAAAGAUCCUUGAAAUUCGUGGUGGAACGGCUCAAACCCCAGACCUUGCAGAGUUCAGUGGGCAUGACACGUCACAGGUGUUGUCCGAGCAGCAAGCAUCCAAGUACAGAUCAGUGAUCGGGAUUGCGCUUUAUAUUUCGGCCGACAGGCCAGACAUUGCACACAGCGUCAGAAAGCUCUCUGCUGUGAUGACACGUCCGACUGCUUUGGCAUGGCGUGCUGCAAUUCGAUUGACCCAGUAUAUGCUGGCCACAUCCUCAUAUGCAUUGCAUCUUGAACCCGGGGAGCCUGGGACCUCUAUGUUGCAUGGAUGUGUUAGCGCAGGCAGUGAUCUGGUGGAGUGCUUCACGGAUGCCGAUUGGAGCGGCAGCAAGGCCGAUCGCAAGUCAAUCGGAUCAGCCACCCAUUGCAUCAAUGGUGCGGUGGUUUACUUUGCCACGAGGACUCAGCGAUCAGUGUCCCUCUCUUCGAUGGAAAGCGAGUGGUAUGCCUGUGUGUCCGGAUGCUGCGAUGCAUUAUUCAUUCGAGAAGUCUGGGAGUUCAUCUCAGGCCAAUCUGCAGUGAUGCACGUGUUGCUUGAUAAUCAAUCUGCUAGGGCAUUGGCUAAGCACCAAGGUGCGGCAAAGCAGGCGAAGCACAUUGCGGGGAGAUUGUUAUGGAUACAGGGUUAUGUGAAGCGUCAGGUCUUCAAGGUGAUGCCGGUGAGCUCGGCAUACAACCUUGGUGACAUAGGGACCAAGGCUUUGGCAAAGGCCAGGUUGCGGUCACUGAUGUACAUGCACAACUUCAUUGAUGCUUCAAGUGAUGAGCGAAUCGGAAAGUUCGAAUAUGAGCAGAUGCAACAACAAGAAUAUGUGAAGGCACAGAUUAAGAGAGUGAAGAAGAGCGUGAAUACUUCCACAAAGCUUCAUUCGAACAUCUUCAUGGUCAUGUGCAACUUGAUGCCGCUGUUGACUGAUGCGACAAAGCUUUCUUCCCCUACGGUGAGUGGUGGAUAUGCGAGCUACAUGUUUCCACUUUGCAUGGUUCUUUUGGUGGCGCUUUUCGCUGCACGGGCCUUGGGCCUGAACGACUUUUCGACUUUGCGCUUGAGCAUUGAUUUUCAGUAUGCACCGCAAGCUUUGGAUGUGAAUGGCUAUGUUAUGCAAUGCUUUGCAUUUGCCUUUAUGCUUAUCGGCUUCAUGCAGGGCGUGAGUGCUGAGCAGUACGCGAGCUUGGCAUUGAUGAUCACGUGCGGUGCUCUGUGGAAUGAGAACAGAAAGCUGAGAGCCCAAUGCGUUGUGGUCCAUUCGAGGCCACAUGAGGGUCCUUUAGUGGCCCAUGGAGGUAGAGUUCUGGAAAACCCAGCGGCCUUAGUUGUACAGGUGCCGGAAGAAGUGUUCGUAACGACACGUGGAGUUUGCUUUCACAAGGGUACCUGUGGCCACGUACGUGGUAAAGCACCUAGGAGUGUGCGUCGUUGUUUGGAUUGUUUUGGCUAG